AUGUUGACCACGCAAUGGACGUUCGUCUUCCUUGUCCUUGUCGGGCCUUGUCUGGCCCAUGGUGGCAUCAAAGGAAACAAGUCGAAGAAGGACAAACACAACCAGGACAGAUAUCAGAGACUUGAGGACCAUGUAAAACCCAAUGACACCGCCGCGUUCUCCGCAUACGAUAUCUCCAAAAUGAGCAGCGAGUUUGGCCUCAACCUCUACAGAAAAAUGGCCGACAAACACGACGACAACAUCUUCUUCUCCCCACUCAGCGUCUCCUUCAACCUCGCCUCACUUAUGGUCGGGAGCCGAGGGGACACUUAUGAGGAGCUCCUCACCGGUCUGAACUGGGAGGCCCUGAAGAAGAGCAAACACCCCGCCGACCUACUGCCGAAUCUGCUGAGGGACCUCCGAGAUGGAGUCAGACAUAGUGAAGGCUACGAUCUGGAGCUGGGAAGCUUCUCCUUCGUCCAUGAUCUCUUCUCCCUCAGCGAGGACUUCAUCAACGAGACCGGGAAGUAUUUCGACAUGGAGUUCAGAAGUCUCGACUUCCAUGACAGGGAGGCCAAAAACAUCAUCAAAGAAUUUCUUAUCAAAAAGUCCAGGGGUAAAGUGACCGAGCUCAAUGACGAGAUCGACCCCCAGACCAAGAUGAUCCUCCUAGACUACAUCUUUUUCAAAGGUAAAUGGCAGGUUCCCUUCAAACCAGAUCUGACCACCACCGAUUCUUUCUUCGUCAACAAAUAUCGAUCGGUAAGAGUGCCGAUGAUGUACAAGACGGAUAAAGUCGGCUCCAUGUUUGACAAGACUCUGUCCUGCACCGUGUUGAACCUCCCGUACAGAGGGGGCGCUCACAUGCUGGUCGUCAUGCCGGAGAAGGGGGGAGACUUUGAUGCGUUAGAAGACGGAUUAUCCAUGGAGCUUAUUACGACCUGGCUGGCGAGGAUGAGGAACUGGAAAACCGAUGUUUUCUUUCCGAAAUUCCAUCUGGACCAGAAGUAUAAGCUGAAACCUCAGCUGGAGGAGAUGGGCAUUAAGGAUGUGUUUACUGGGAAGGCCAAUUUCACCGGCAUGACCGAGGAGAGGAACCUGAGACUUUCCGAGAUCACACAGAGAGCCGUGAUUGAUAUCGACGAGAUUGGGACAGAGGCUACGGCCGUCACCGGGACAGAGAUUGUCGCCUACUCGCUGCCACAUACGAUCCGCGUGAACCAGCCCUUCAUGUUUAUGAUCUUCAACGAAAACUACAAAUCUCUGCUGUUUAUCGGAAGAGUUAUCGAUCCCACCAAGCCGUAAUGGCUCGGCCGGCACUGACCAGUCAUACGGAAAGACUCCGCUCACAGGAAAGCCGCCAUCUACAUAGAAGUCUUCACCUCUCUCUUUGUUACCUUUUAAAGGGGUACUCCGGUGGAAAACUUUUUUUUUAAA